UUUUAAAAUCUUAAUUCUGAAAAAUCAGAUUAUUUCAUGUGAGUUCAAAUCGGUUAAAGUAAUAUUAGAUGAGAAGAAAAAAAUCAGAAAAUAUGAGAGUAAACCAGAUGAGACCUUAAUCUCUCUAUAUCCCUUUCCCUUUGCCUUUCCCUUUCCCUUUCCCCCUUUCCCUUUCCUCCAAAUCCCUCAAAUCUAACAAGGCUCUCAGCCUAUAAAUUGCGAAUUAACUCCGUCGCUAGGAAUUCGCCGCUGAGUUCGCCGGUGAGUUGUUGCUUCAGUUCAGUUAUGAAUCCACAAGAUCGAAUUAGUGAUCUACCCGAAAAUCUAAUACAUGGAAUCAUGGAAUGCUUGCCAUUGAGAGAUGCUGCAAGGAUGAGUGUGUUGUCAAAGACAUGGAGAGAAAAUUGGUUAACUCUUCCUGCUCUUGUGCUUGAUGAUCCUUUCUUCAAAGACGUGUUGGGGAAGAAGCGAAACAACAUUUUUGAAUACAGCAGCAUUGUAAGUAAAAUACUCUUACAGCACUAUGGACCCAUUACCAAAUUCACUCUUCACAUUCCUCGUACUGUAUGCCCUGAUAUUAUUCAGUGGAUACUAUCCCUCUCUGUGAAUUGCAUCAAGGAGGUCACUCUGGUAAACUGGGGAGAGAUCUCUAUGUUGCCUUCUCACUUUUUUGCUUGUACCAACUUAACUAAGUUGAAGCUUAAUUCCUUUUAUUUUAACCCUCCCCCUUCUUUUAAGGGCUUUCCGAAUUUACUUAGUGUUGACCUUGAGAACAUUUGUUUUCUGAAUGAUCACAUACUUGAAGAUUUUGUAGCUAAAUGCCCACUUCUUGAGAAGUUGAGUUUAAAAGACCCUGGUACUUAUGAGCUACCUCGUCUAGUUAUUAAUGCACCUAAUCUUAAGUACUUGACUGUCUCUGGUAUAUUCCACUCUAUCUGUCUCAAUGGUUCUCGAGGUCUUUUGUCGGUUUCAAUCACUUUACUGAAAUUGGUAGAUCAUAUCAAGAAUAGAGCACAGAAACUGAUCCAAUUUCUCGCGUCUUCAUGUAAAGUUGAAAAGAUUUGUUUCAGAAGGUACUUUGUCAAGCUCUUGGUCAAAGAUGGCUUAUCAGGGAUGCUUCCUGCGGCCUUCACUCAUGUAAGAAGCCUGGAGAUAUCAAGUAUUGAUUCUAGCGAGGAGCUCUCUUGUGCAAUUGGUUUAAUUCGGAACUGUCCUAAUGUUGAAAGGCUGCGUCUUUGGGUAAAGGUUGCCGAGAAGAGCACUGACACUGAUAAACACAACUUAAACUCUGAUCUUUCCUGCAAAUUUCUUCAACUCCGGAACAUUAAUGCCAGACUUAACAGGGGAUCGGAUGCAGAGCUCAAGGUCAUUGAGCUUCUGCUUGCAUGUUCUCCUCUACUGGAGUCAUUCGAUCUUGAGAUUCAUAAAGAAAUUGAUGCAGAUGUCAAGUUGAAGAUUUCAAGGAAAUUGAAGCAGUUCCACAAGGCAUCUUCUAACAUUAUCUUUUUUAUCUCUAUGGCUACUAAAGACAACGAGACUUCUGAUUCAGAUACUAAUGAAGAUUCAAGUUCGUAUUCGACUUCAUCAGAUGCGGAUUCGGAUUCGGAUUCGGAUUCGGAUUCAGAUUCAGAUUCUUCUGAUAUAUCAAUUUUUGAUGACGAAGAUGGAGAAUGAGAAAUUGAGAAUCAUGGAUGCUUGAUACAUACGGAGCCAAAUCAUUAUAUAUUUUUCUGAGGGCAGCGUCUACAAACAAAUUAAACUAUUGCUCAUGUCAAGGAAAACCUGUAACGUGAGGAACAUUUUUACAGACAUAAUUCUUCGUACAUCCCUAGUAGUUUCAACACUAAAAUCUUCUCUUCGUUCUUAAUUUGAAGCUUUUUCUUUUUCGUAUUAAUGCUCCUUGAACGUGAAGAAGAAGUUUGUGUUUUCAGGCAGUUGGCAACUUAUCA